AUGGGCUUAAUUAGCGCUAUUCUGAUGAUUGUGGGCACCUUGAUCGGGACAGGAAUCUUUGCCUCCCCAGGCCCUCUCUUCGAUUCCGUCCACUGCACCCAAACCAGUUUCAUCAUCUGGGCCUUUGCCGGCAUAGUCUGCGCCAUCGGAGCUUUCGCCUACGCAGAACUCGGGACCAUGUUCCCAGCCUCCGGAGGCGAUUUCCAAUACCUCCGACGAGCAUACGGGAAAAAGGUCGCAUGGGUCUUUGGAUGGUCGUUUAUUACGAUUCUCAACCCGAUUGGAACUGCGGGGAUUGCGGGUGUUUUGGGGAGGAUGCUGUGGACUGGCGUGAAUGGGACUGCAGCCGUUUGGGCCGCCGGCGCUGGCGCCGGUCCCCUUGAAGCAGGAGCAGGAACGAGUCCUAACCCAGCCUUUGACACUGGGUAUGCACCCUUCCCCAAGGCGCCCCUCCCACUCAACCAUGGGCCACCACCGCAACAGCAUCAUGCAGAUACGAUGCCAUGGGUAGUCCGCGGGUUCUCGAUCGGCGCGAUUAUACUUAUGGGUCUGAUUAACAUCUUGUUCAAGGAGGGCGGUAAAUACGCCAGCAACCUGUUGGCGGUCUUCAAGAUUGGCGGAAUGUGUAUGUUGAUUGUCAUUGGAUCCAUGCAGGCGGUCAAGAACCAUGCUCAGUCGGAGGCCUUGCAGAUUCCCAUCCGCGAGUCGUCUCAGAAUGUGCUCGAUUAUGUCUCAGCCCUCUGCUUCGCCUUCUUUGCCUACAAUGGAUUCAACAACAUCAACUUGGGACUAGGCGAACUACGGGACCCGGAACGGAACCUAAAACGCGCAGUCUUUAUCGCAAUGCCCUUCGUCACCGUCCUCUUCCUCCUCGCAAAUUUCGCAUUCUUCUCCAUCCUCUCCUCCUACGACCUCCGUCACGUCCACUCUCUUUCCCUCCACGCCGGACAUACCGUUCUGGGCCAUCCUGGCGGGUUCCUCAUGGCCGGGACAGUCGUUGCCUCUGCAUUGGGAUCCAUCAACGCCAACCUCUGGGCCGGGUCUAGGCUACUGGUCAUCAUGGCCAAGGAUAACACCAUCAUCCCCUUCCCUGUAGCGCGCGUCUGGUCCCGGACUGGUACCCAAGCGAUCGCGAUCUUGAUCCUGGUCGGCCAGGCGUCGUUUCACUCCUUGAUUAAUCUUGAUUUCAAGACGUUUUCAAAGAUUUUUUCUGCGGUCGGGUGGACCUGGUACGGGCUUUCGGUGGCCGGUUUGUUGUACUUGCGGAAGAAGCGACCCAACUACCCACGACCCGUCAAGGUAUUCUGGCCGCUGGCUGCGUUCUUUGUCGUCAUUGCUGCAGUCCUUGUCGUUGGAUCUCUCACCCUCGCCUUCAUGAGCAGUGCAAUCCAAAAGACUGGCGAUGACGAAGAUGAUGGUGGGGCAAGCAGUGAGGCCGAUGGAAGUGAUGGUGGAAAGUACGUGCCGAUUAUCAUGUUUGGGGUGGUCAUCCUGUUCAUGUUGGGCGUCAUCCCGGCAUUUUACUUGACGAAACGGUAUAACCACGGACUCAACAAGACGGCUUUCAGCAGUAGCAUCCCUUCGACUGUCGACAAGAGUGAUUCUGAGGAUUUUGGUGAGACAGAGGAUCAUCUCGACGAUAAGCGGUUCAGAAGCGCAGGAGUGCGAGCGGGAGAAAUGGUCCAGAUUAACCCUACAGGGCCGUUCCACCAGACAGCCAUUAUUAUCGACCUUGACCACACCCACCAUCCUCACUACCUCCACCCCAACAACAACAGCAUCGAUCCAACGUCACUCACCACAGGAGGAGUCUUUGGAGCCUUCGGUCCAGAGACACUAGCAGACGGCCGCCCCGCCCGUCGACACUCUGCCGCUUCGUCUGUCACCCUCGUCGGCGAAUCCUCCAAGAAACGCUCAAACAAGCAUAGACGACCCAAGAGCAAGGAGGGUUCUAAACCUGCCCAUCACCAUCGGAAUCGGGAACAUGGUCGACAGGAUGGUGAGCCAUCUCGGUCUCAGAGUCCGGAUCCUGUUGUUCUCGCGCACCGCUCAGAGAAUCGCAAUGGGCAAGAUGAAUACGACGAAGAGGAGGAAGUGGCGCGUGUGCAGGCGUUGCGCGGUAGUAAGGGGGGUAGAGAGGUAGUAGGCAGUGAUGGCGUGAUACGACACAUGAGUCUGGAUCAUGUCGAAUUGGGUAUUAGGACUCCCUCUGGCACCUCCUCGUCAUCCAGAGCCACUAGCAGCAACAGCUCCACUCGCAGCAGUAACAACAACUCUGACUGUGACGAAGAAGACGAGUCAGAUAUCGACAGCACAAGACCCACAACCCACAACCGCCUUACAAAGCUCCUCUUCUCCCCCUUCGAUCCCACCAACUCUUCAUCCCUCUCAUCCCCGUCAACGCCAUACACCGGUGGAUUCUGCAUGUCCCCGACGAUGCUGACACCCUUCGGUAGCGGCAGUCAGACAGCCUCCAACUCCCCACUCAUGGCCUCGUCCUCUCCAACCUUUGCCACGGCAGGAGGAAGGACAUUCCUGACAAGUGGAUUUUACACCCGUUCGGGGUCCCACUCUUCCGAGACGACUCUAGGUCUUGAAGGAGAUUAUCACCAGCAUGAGCAGGAGCAGGGAGCGGCGGAUGGAGAUGUGAAGGGGAAGGGAGUUCGGACGAGGCAGUCAUCUGCCUGUGAGAGAGUGGAGGAAGUUGCUGAGGAGGAAGAGGAAGGAAAGGUUUUGGAGGAGAACAGAACAAACAACAACACAACCACAACCACACACCACGGGUCAUAUUUGACCGAUUUCAACAACAACGAUAACAACGGACGACAGGGCGAAGAUGAUGACGGACGUGUCCACCCUUUGACGCAUUUGCCCAACGCCAGCACCAACAAUAACAACGACAGUACCCCACCAGCUCCAUGGUCUUUACCCUAG